AUGGGAAGCUCCUUCUCAAUUCAAAGCAAAGAAAAGCGCCGACGCUCGAAUCGAUUAUCGAAGCCUCCUCAGAACCAAGCAACCUCUAAUUAUCCCAAUUUGGGCUUGCCAAUUCGGCCCGUGGAGCAGGCUCUUUCUCUCCCAUCCACCCCCACUACAUGGCAGAAUCCGUGGAACGGCGUUUCUGUUCCAAUUAGUACAAGUGAAGGCAUUUCGUCUCCUGGCGUGAGAUCACAGUCGUUCUCUUCCGGACCAUUGCGGCGCGAUACGUGGAAUUCUAAUGCAGCCCCUAAUGCCCGAGGAGACGCCCAAAGUAGGACUGGAUCAGGGUUGCCUUCCCCGGCCUCACCAGCUUCACCAACAUCAGUCCUAACCAGGCGAGAAUCUCUUUACCGGCGUGCUUCUUUUCACCCUUCCAAGCCAGCCACUUUCCAACCAACUACUUUCCAAAGCGAUUCACAGCCUCCGUUGAUCGGACAGCCGAGGAGGUCUUAUUCGGUCCAUUCGCCAGCCCUCGGACCUAGCAGCAAUGUUCCACAGCGCGCCCUCGAUAGAUUCGCCUCGCUCAAUUCUUGCUCAAGAGUGAAUGGCCAGGACUCGCUUCCAAUUCGCCGACGUUCCCUACUUAUACGACCCGGGGUUGCCACGCGAAAAGCCACGAAAGACAAAGCGCACUCUUUGAUCUCUGAGCCUUGUCUAGAUGACCUGGUGUUUCACAGCCCUCCUAAUAUUCUCUCAGUUGGUGUACAAUCUCGCUGCCUACCCCAGCAGGGCGCCUUCCAUGAUUUUGAGCCACUCUCCGAGUUACGUCCCUCUACACCCAAUGAUGCCGGCUAUACGCACUUGGGAACCCUCAAAUUAGGGUCUCUGCGGGUUGUAAAUGGGUCCGCAUCCCCUUGCCCUAGUGACCGGACCCGGAUUGAACAAUCGACUAGUUCACUACCCCCGGAAGCUAUGCAAGACAGUCUGAACCAAUCAAGUGUCGUCCCAGGGGCUAUGGAAACACACUCAUCUGGAGCUAUGCUCGAGGACCGUUGUGCGGUCUACGUGGAUAGAAUUAGGACCGCGGGUAUCGGCAACGGCCUUGAUCCUGUUAUGGGCAGUCUGCCUGGCGAAGUGGCGCAGUAUUCUCGGGACAUAUCACGAUGCCACACCACCAAUUCUGCCCGCAAUGACAUCCCGGCUACAGUGCUGAAUAUCCCCACAACUGUUCCAGCUACGGACGUCGAGGACUUUCCUGCUAGUCCUUUUUCUUUCGAAAAGUCACCUACCUCGGCAAUAACUCACAGUAUGGAGCCUUGUCAGUGUGAAGAUGAGGGCAUAUCCGUCUACGAUAAGGAAAAAGCAUCUGCCUCGCCUCCAGACAGGCUGCCGGAAAGGCACACAAGUUACAGCAGCUAUGCCAGCUCUCACAGAAAGGCGGAUAGCGGUUACAGCUCUGCCACCAGUCACCGAACUUCCAUAGACUCGCAUGCUUCUCUACGGCGCUCUCCAGGUUUUCGAAGGUUUACCCUCGGAGGCGCCCCCAAAGAUUUCCAAGCACAGGAUAACAACACGUCGACCAAAUUCGACUAUCAUAUUCCGAUGCACCGUCAUGUCAGUCUCCAAGACCGAAAGGCCAGCUACAGGCCUGAUCUUGCUGCUCGGCCAACAAGCAUGUCUGCCGUACAAUAUGACCCACAUAUUGGAGCAACCGAACGCCCGAGAAGUUCGUCGGUGACAGUCACUAGGACUCCAGAUCGUAUUUCGCUCCCCAUGUAUUGUGCCCAGCUUCGAAGCCUUGAAUCUGCAGCGUUGGACUUUGGUUUGGCUAUCACUCAAGGUGUAGGGCCAAACGAUCACCCUCAUAUGCGCCCCACAACAACAUUGCGAAAUAGCUCCAUGGGGGACUAUCACCUACCGGCCGACAUCGCCGACACCACUAUAUCUCCCAAGAAUCCCUCUCGACACAGUCGACGCCAUAGCUACGGCACAGGGUGCCGAGCAAGAUCUGAGGAUAACUCUUGGCAGAAAUCUCUAGCUUGUGUUGCAGGUGGACGUGACGUUCAACUUCAAAGUGCAGUGGAAGUCAAACCAUGUCUACUUAAGUCCGGAAAUGAGUUCCUCUCCUUAACAGUCGAUCAAUCGGAUGGCCUACGGGGCCGGACACGCAACCGAAGCACCGAGUACCCGCAUCGAAAGCCGUCCGGGCAUCGCCUACCGCCAAACUUUACUGAAGUCUACGCUUAA